AUGAACCCCACCGACGAGGAACUCGACCGCGACUGGCAACCCAAUGGCCGCCGACCUCAAUCUACGAUUGCCCGAUCUUUCAGUCAAGAGCUGAUGGAUAUCUUUCGGAUUGAAAACAGCCUUGCCGACCUAGACGAACAAAUUGACAAGCGAAAACAGCAAGUCAACAGUGGCCAGACCGAAUUAGAGGCCCUCGAGGCUAGAAUUAAGGAGAUGGAAGAACGACUGAAGAAGCAGAACCCCCCGGGAGUCCCCGGUAGCGUGAGCCCCCGGUCUCAACGGCAAGCCAUUAGCGAUGCGUUUGGCAAGGCGGCAUCUACAGAGAAGGAUCUCGCACAGCAGCAGCAAAGGUCGCGACCAGGAACUGCUAAACAGGUACAGCAAGCACCUGCCCAUGGAGGAGCUAUGCCUCCGACCCCCACAGCCAGCGAAGGUGAAUACGUACUUGUCAAACAUAGCUCCUCUGGUGACGGCGCCGCUUGUUCUCGAACUUUUACUGACUAUGUCUACGUUUCUAAAGAUGGUGGUGACCGCGACAACUAA